AUGGAGAGAGAAGGCCGCCUCUCCGACACGCCCAUGGAGAUGCAGGUCGACGUCGAAGCCAAUCCGCCCGUGGUUGAGUUGGACAAGAUCGAGCCCGCCGUAUCCAUUGGCACAUCGUUGACCACGGCCGAAUCCGACCCAUAUGGCAGCCGACCGGCCUGUUUCAACAGUCUGCUGCAGGAAUGCUUGUUCGUCCUCACCACGACUGUGGCCGUGGGCCAGAGUUCCAUCUUCACGGGAGCCAUCAUCUGCAUGACCAAUUACAUCGCCGACGACCUGGACAUGACCGCGGCCGAAGUCUCUUGGAUCAAUGCUGCUCAGACUCUGGCCGCAGGGACAUUUUUGCUCUUUUUUGGCCGCGUUGCUGAUCUGUUUGGGCGCCGGGCGCUGUUCCUGCUCAGCCUCGCCUUCUUCAGUGUGUGUCUCCUCAUCGCGGGAUUCGCCACGAAUGCCAUCUACCUGGACGUCUUCUGCGGUCUUCUUGGGCUCAGCUCUGCCGCCUCAGUCCCACCAGCCAUUGGCAAACUCGGGGCUGUGUACGACAAACCGUCCCGGCGGAAGAAUCGAGCCUUCGCCUGCUUUAGUGCCGGAAACCCCGUAGGGUUUGUGCUAGGCGCCUUCAUCGCAGGCGUUGUGAUGCAGAUUUCGACCUGGCGGGCGGCCUUCUGGGUCAUGUCGGUCAUCUAUGCUUUCUUCGCCCUUGCCGCCUGGUGGACCACGCCGCAUGAUAUCGAACAGAGCCUUGGAGGACUGAACAUGGAAACAUUUGUCAAGUUUGAUAUGCUUGGGGCCCUCCUCGCCGUUGCCGGGGUUGCCAUGUUCACCGCUUCCAUGACUUUGGCCGGAGACGCCCCUGAUGGCUGGAGGACGCCGUAUGUGAUUGCCUUGUUGGUGGUGGGCCUGGUUCUGAUUGCCGGCUUUAUCUACUGGCAGAAUGUCUUCCGAUACCCCUUGAUGCCCUUGAAGGUCUGGAAGGAUCGGAACUUUACUCUGGUCGUGGUGGUCCUGUGCUUGGGGUUUUACGGGUUUGCGGGAAACUUGUUCUGGCUUACCUUGAUGUGGCAGCGAAUCGACAGACUGUCACCACUGAUGAAUGCGGUCCAUCUUCUCCCGGCCGGGAUCGGGGGGAUCUUGGUGAACUUUAUGGCCGCCGUCGUCAUGCAUCGCGUCAGCAACAGGGUGAUCAUGAUUGUAGGGGCAGUCAGUGCGGCGGUGGCAUGCGCGCUGUUCAGUGCCAUAUUCACGUCCAUUUCCUACUGGGCGCUCGCUUUUCCAGCCUUGUUGUUCAGUGUCUUGUCGCAGGACCUGGAAUUCACCGUCACAAACAUGUAUGUCAUGUCGAGCCUUCCUCGAGAUCAACAGUCAGUGGCGGGCGGUCUGUUUAACACCGUCACCAGGCUGAGUGCGACGGUCGGGUUGGGGAUCCAGACAAGUGUAUUCAACAGUGCCGGGGGAGCGGUGCAGGGCCGAGGGGCGGUGUUGUACCGACCCUAUCAAGCCACCUUUUGGGUGUCGUUGGUCGGAUCGGUUGUGGCGCUGUUUCUGGUGCCUUUCAUCACCAUAGGCCGGCAGGGAGGCCGCAAAGAGACGUUGAAUAGGUUGCAGCGACAUCAGGAUUGA